GGGACCAAUCACAAUUUGUGAGCUGCUGAAUGACACCGGGAGUCCUGCCUCUGAAACUUUUGUUAUUUUUUCCCCUCAACCUACUUCAAUUGUUCCCACAACUCGGUCACAGACUCGGACAAGUUGCCAGAGAUCUACAGACACUUCCCACAGCCCCGAGCAGGCUCCUCUCUGCUUCACUAACAGUCACACCAGAGGUGGGUGACAGCGCCAUGGAGGAUUAACAAGCAAGCUCCACAAAGGCUGUCUAAAACAAAAAGAGAAGAUAAUAGGCACUUUGCACUGUUCCUGACAACUCUUCUUCUUUCCUGCACUCCUAAAACCUCUGAUUUGUGCCCUCUGCUUUCUCGUUGCCAUGGAGAAGGUCCAAUACAUAACCCGCUCUGCUCUGAGGAGAGCCUCAACUAUUGAGGUCAACCCACAAGCACGCCAAAGGCUCCAAGAGCUCUUUGUGAAUUUCUGCCUGAUUUUAAUUUGCCUCUUGCUGAUCUGUAUCAUUGUGAUGCUCCUCUGAAGUUCCAGCACUUCUCUGCGCUGUCCUCUAGGAAAGUCACCCGAAAGGGAAGAGAGACCUACACCCGCAACUCCCAAUGCAAGGAUCCUCUGGUGAGAGGGGCUAGCACUUGGACUAGAGCUGUACGCCAACCAUCGCACUACUCUCUUUCUACCUGCUACAUGUAUUAAAACCACACUUCUGUGCAGAACAGUGUUUAGAGCCUGUUGUUACAAAGCUGUGCAUGACCUAAUUUGUCUGUCUCGGUCAAGAGAUGUCUUUUCUGAAUGGGGUAAAGUACUGCCUCUUAAUGGAGUUGGUAAGUUCCUCAAUGUUUUAGCUAGCUCGCACAAACAGCAACUUCACUUUUUGGGGCCUGAGAGUUUUUAAAUUUCUCUGAAAAUCCUUAAGCCCUUGGGGGGGUUCUAAAUUCAGCCCACGUCCAUCCAAAGAAGAGCUACAGGCACAGCCCUCAAUGCAUCCUAGGAAAAUUUCUGCUCUGCUUACUUCAAGGUGCUGCAUCUCUGAAGGCAUUCAAAUUGUUUUUAAGAGAAUACGAGAAUAAACCAAAAAUGUCUUCUAACCCCAAAAUAAAUACUAUUUCAUAUAUUUUUCUCCCUGUUUAAGGGAUCUUAUAUACAUACACACACACAUAUAUGUAUGUAUAUACAUACAUAUACACGUGUGUAUAUAUAUAUACACACACACACACAACUUAGAUCUGAAAGAAAAGAGGCGACUUCAUUUUCAGCAUUUCUCAUUAGAUGCAUCCUUACUAAGUAAGAACUAAAUGACAUCUGGGAAGUUUUUUCACUAUGUUUUGCAGAAAAAUUGACACUAUCACACUGGUAUUUAAAGAGAGCAUCUGUCAUUCGUUCAGUGGUCAGCCCAGUCCAAAGCAUGACACAAAGAUUUAAUUUUCUAUAGUCAUUUAACUGGCAUUACAAUUCACACAACUCAACAAUCAAAAAACGUUCUCCAAGUUCGUAUUAUUGGCCAAGCUUCAGACAACUUUAUUGUUGCCUGACAUAAUUUAUGCAAUAAUCUCCUUAGUUUAAAACUGCAGAAAACUUGGUAUUUGCCCAUAUCACUCAAUGUAGUUUACCUCUGAUGUGGUAAAUAGAAAAGUUCAGGUCUCCCUUACUGUCACGAUUGAAAUGUAUUAUACAAAUAUAAGUACCACCACCACCUUCGACUGCAAAUGCCUGUUAGAGAACAAGCGUUUUCCUAAAAUAAAUAAUAUAUAAAAAAUAAAAUAAAUAAUGAACAGUUAUGCACAGGAGGGAAUGCAUCGCAGAAAUAUCUUUCCAGCAUGUACAGCACAGUCUAUACAUGUAAAAGAUGAAGUUUCUACUCCAGCAGUUGUCAGUGACAAGACUGAGCAGUAGAUUUCCAACCCUCCCAUGUGUUGCUGGUAUUAAGCUGAAUUCCUAGAAAUCUUAUAUGGUUUUCAAAUUUAAAGAAAGCUCAAGAAUCAGUAGACAAAGGUCAAACAGAUAUUUAUUAUUUUUUUUAAACAGAUAUCUUUUUAUACCACCCUAUGUCAGCAACCCUACUGCUGAAUAUAGAAUAUCAAAACAAGUUUAUUUUGAUCUUGUAUUCUGCCUUUAAGACUUAGUAUUCAAUGAGUAAAGGUUGACAAUGAACAGCUGAGAAGAAAUAGAAGAAACUUUUGGAAAAACUGUGUAUUUGAUGGAAAGAAAGCAAGUGCAGUGGUGAUCCACUUCCUAUCUGGCAAACAGAUACAAGGAGACCAGACCUCUGAACUGAGGUUAAUCACUAGAAGGUAUUAUCUACUAUAUGAAGAUUAGGGCAAGCUGAUGAGACUGGCAACACAGCCCCCCACUCACAAGUUAGCGUAUGAAUACUACUGAUUCAAAAUGGAAAUGAGAUUUACAUUGACAUUUCAUGCUUUCUGACCACUGUAACAAAUGCAUGAGAUUUUAGUAAGCGCACUUUUUUUAUUACUAUUUCUUCUUAAGAAAAGCCACAAACAUUGUGCACUUUGGGGGAGUGGGGGAGAGAGAUGGAAAUAGAAAAAUCUAAAAUUACUUUUCUUUUGAAAUCUGUAUUUUUGUGAUGAAUAGGGUUUCCAGCUUUAGUUUGCUUCGGAGGUGUUUCAUGAUACUUCAAUUGGAAAUAGACAACAGUUUUACAGUACUGAAAAUUUACUGAAGAAAAAAGGUUUUAAGAGUAAAAUAUCAGCACAAACAUCCUGAGGAUGCAUUGGGAUUGCAAGUUUCACAAGCCAGUAAUAUGUAGAAGUAAAGCAUUGCUAAAAAAAUUAGACCCCUACCCCCCUCAUAUAAACAAACCCACCAGUUUCCUCUUAUGUACUUGAAAGGCCAUUAUUUAUUUAAAAACAAUGAAUAAACAAGAGCAAAACCAAAGUAUAAACUAUAAAUAAACUGGGAGUCCUACUGUUAUUUUACAGCAAUGCAGAUAAAUUGCAUGUACUGUAUGGGUCUUCUGUGUCUUAGCUGAUCUGAAAAACUGCUACCGUCCUCUAUAUCACUAAAUGUCAACUGAACCCAGAGAUUAAAAAAAAUAAAAUCUUUUGUAUAUAGUACAAUCUUCUUUGUAUACUUGUAUGGGCUUUCAUACUAACAACUACUGUAUUUUUAUUUAUUAAAAUGACUGCUUGAAAAUAUAUUAAUGUAUAAUAUAAGAUAGUUAAAUACAAUUCCAUUCAGAAAAAAGCCUCCAUUCUAUCAUCCACUUACUAAAGUUAUGUGAAAAACAGUUAGGCAUCAUGUAGAUUUCUAAUUCUUUAUACCUCUGUUUAUUCUGGUUUGGUUUUCAACAGUAAUCUUGCCUAUUUUGUGACGUCCAGAUCACCUACACAUAUUUAAUUUACGCUCACCAAUUAGUGCACAUAAACUACCCUAAUGAAUUUUGUGACAAUGUAAUACAAAAGUUCACUAUUUUUAUGAGCCAUAAUAAAAAUUCCAAACACAGCA